CCAACAUCGGAAGAAGUAAAUCUAUUUUUGACGUCGACCUUCGUGCUGAAGCAAUGCCUUCUUCGGACCACAUGCAACUGGAGAUCGUGCCGCGUUAUUCGCUUUUGCGUUUCAAACCCUCCGCUUCCAGGUACACAUCAUUUCCCCCCAUGGUGUAAAAACUCUACUUUUUUGAAUCUCGCCUCGACUCAAACCAAAGCUAGUUCAUCUUUUGUGGUACAUACUUCGACAAUUUGAAGAAGACUGACAAUCUUGUCGCCACAAAAUUGCCACGUCGCAACUUUUGCUCUUUUUACUAGACGAAGGAUAUUACUUGGAUUUGAAGUGGUUCAGGAGAAACUAGUUCGAGGAAGCGGAUUCUUUUCAAAGUGAGGCUACGGGUUAUUCAAGCAGCCACGCAACAAGCUUCUGCCGCGCGUGUGUUUGUUCUUGAAAUAGUUACGUACAGUCUCAUCUUUUGUCGCAUAUCAUUUAAGUUGUUGCAGCCAGCAGUACCCUGCUCGCUGUCGCUCGCAUUUGCAUUGUGACAGACUGUGCAUAGAACCAAACCUUUCACAGACUCUUUGAAUUUUUGAAAAAGUACCAUCAACCAGCAAAGCCAAGACUGCAACUGCUGCUGCUGCUGCUGCUGAACCUUUUCGGAGCCCACGAACCAAGCCGAAAACAAGAAGAUGCAGCACCUAAACAGCGACUACUUCGCGCAAGACGCGAACCUGGUCGGCGAGCCGGGCAAGCUUUCCCCGGAGGGGUAUCUGGAGAUUUUGCCAAAACGGCUCUACUGGGUUGCCGUCUCCGCGAUUCCGAAGGCAAACUCACAAUUCCACUACUUUUGCAUCGACUCCGAGCUGGUGUACGAACCCUUUUACCAGGACUUUGGCCCGCUGAACCUCUCCUGCACGUACAAGUACGCCAGGCUAGUGAAGCAGCUGCUGGACGACCCGGCGCUCGCGAACAAGAAGAUCGUCCAUUACUGCAGCCAAGACCCGAAGAAAAGGCCGAACGCCGCGUACCUGAUUUGCGCGUUUCAGGUGAUGCUGUUGAAGCGACCGGCGGACAUCGCCUACCGGCCGUUUCAGAACAUAAAACCGCCGUUCAUGCCGUUCCGCGACGCGACCAUGUCGGUGUGCACCUACCAGUGCACGGUACUGGACUGCAUAAAAGGCCUCGAAUACGCCAUGCGCAUCAAGUGGUUCGACCCGGCGACGUUUGACGUGAAGGCGUACGAUUUUUACGAGAGAGUGGAGAAUGGGGACAUCAGCUGGGUGAUCCCGGACAAGUUUCUGGCGUUUUCCGGCCCCUCCGCGACGCCCAUCGACAUUCACGGGUACCCGACCUUCACCCCCGAGGACUACGUGCCGGUGUUCAAGGCGGCGAACGUCUCCCUAGUCGUGCGGUUAAACAAAAAGCAGUACGACCGAAGGCGGUUCACGGACAACGGGUUGAAGCAUGUGGAGCUGUUUUUCGUCGACGGCUCCUGCCCGCCCAAGGACAUCAUUGACAAAUUUCUGCAGCUUUCCGAGGCGGAGCCGAACGCGAUCGCGGUCCACUGCAAGGCGGGGCUGGGGAGAACGGGAACUUUAAUCGGGCUGUAUGCGCAGAAGCACUACAAGUUCCCGGGCCGGGCCUACAUCGGGUGGAACCGGAUUUGCCGGCCGGGCGCGAUCCUCGGGCCGCAGCAGCAGUUUCUCGUGGACAUGGAGCGGGAGAUGAUUCAAUGGGGGGAUAUGGAUUGUAAAAAUGUCUGGGUCUGGAAGAAUGCAACUUGUCAUGCUAAAUCUCAAGCAUGCAAAAAUCUGUGUUGCAUGAUUACCAAAGGUCGUCCGGUUUUGACCAAGUCGGGAGAGAGUUUGUCAUGUAGGAUAGGCAUUAGAAAGGUCUCGCAGAAUCUGUCAUGCUAUGUCCUACAUACCAGACCUCAUCGGUCAUGGAAAACCUGCAUGACAAGUCUGGAAAACCAUGGUAUCUGGAAAACCUGCAUGACAAGUCUGGCAAUCUUCCAGACCCAGACACUUUUGCAAUCCAUAGGGGAAAUGGAGCGACAACGGGUGGCGCCGCCCAGCCCACUGCAGUCGCUGGGUUUAGGGAGUCUUGGGUUCGGUGGCAAUAGCAACAACCCGGCCAACCGCAUUUCCAACAGUCUGCGGGGAUUGACGCAAGAGGAGCAACAAGAGGACGUCGGCCAGGGUAUCCUGAGUAAAAAUGUCCCCAAGCCAGAGUUGUGAUGCAAAUCUGCAUGCCAAAAAAGUUUCUCAUGCGGAGCCCCAUGAGAGCGAUUUUCUAGUCCUGUGAGGGAAUUUGUGAUGCUAGAAUCAGCAUGAUAUGCGAGAUCUGUGAUGCUUCGGAACUAGCUAAACAGGAUUACACUACGAGGACAUAACUUGGCAUGCGAAACAACCAGAGGUGGCUGAUUUGUCUAGCGGGUUUCCCAUCUUGACUCUGGUGUGGGGGCAUUUUUACUCAGGAUACAGGGAGACCGUCUCGUGGCGGCGAAAUUUGGCUUGUCGGGGGCGGGACAGGCGAACUCCGGCUCGCUGCUCACCUCGAAACUGCAAAUCAUGGGUCAAAACCGAAACUCAAACGCCAACAACCCGGUCAUGCGCGGGAUGUUCGGCCCACAACCAGCCCCGGUCAUGUUGCCGCCAAGUGGCAGCAAUUGA